AGUGAGCGAGUGAGACGAGGAGUCAGAGCUGAGUGAGUGGAGGCAGAUGAAGCGCAGUGGUUGGUCCAGCUCCUCCUCUCCUCUUCCUCCUCUGCAGCAGCAGCAGCAGCACCAACAGCUGCAGCAGGAGUUGGAUCAGACACGAUGGUAGCCGCGCACACUUCGUCUCAUCCGACGGAAUCUGCCGAGUGGAUUAUUUGUCUGGAUAAAAGACCAGAAGAGCGCUCGGGUGAAGAUGUUGACAUAAUCCUGGCUCGUCUGAAACAGGUGAAGGCUUUGGAGAGAUUCCACCCCCGUUUGCUGCAGCAGAUUUGCUUGUGUGGGUUCUACGAGCGCUUGGAGAAAGGAAUCACUUUGUUUCGCCAGGGAGACAUUGGUACGAGCUGGUAUGCUGUCCUGUCUGGUUCCCUGGACGUGAAAGUGUCUGAAACAUCAAGCUAUCAGGAUGCUGUCACUAUUUGCACACUGGGGACCGGCACGGCGUUCGGAGAGUCGAUCCUGGAUAACACCCCCAGACAUGCUACAAUCGUCACUCGGGAAUUCAGCGAGCUCCUACGCGUUGAACAAAAGGAGUUCAGGUCUCUCUGGGAGGCUGAGCCCAGCCACCCUACAGAAGAAGCUCAUAUCAGAUGCUAG